AGAGUCACACUGAAGGUUUGGCGCAUGUGCAGGGGGAUGUUUGUCCGAGAACAUAUAAACACAGAGAUACAUGAGAAAAUUGAACUAAAACAGAUGAGCCUGGAACUUUCGGCAAGCAAAACACUUUCAAUUUGAUUGUUCAGCAACAAUUGGAAGACUUCAACAAUGGCUCCUAUAAUAGUUGUUUAUGACCUGUCUUCUGUAAGAACCUUGUGGGAAGGAAGAAUAAUAAAAUACAAAGAGCGGCAAAGAAAAGAGAAGGAUAGACAGGAGAAAAGUGCAUUAGUGAAGAUCAAUGAGGAGUGGACACAGAAGCUUGAACGUAGAAGAAGAGCCAUUAAGAAUUACAUUGAGCAGAAUCAAGGUGUAAUGAAUGGUGAAGUGCACGUUCGAAUGAACCAUGUAAGCAGCACUGGAAAGGACACUCAUCUCCUAGAUUUUCUGGAAUUGAAGAAGAAUACUAUAACCAAGGACAAAAGAUUUAUUUUUGAACUGCAAGGAAUGGAUUGGAAGGAACUUCCUGAAUCAUUAAAGGAGAAGACAUAUCUCAGAGAGUGGCAUAUUAAGAAAACAAGCAUUGAAAUCAUUCCAUCAUUCAUUGUCAUGUUCCAGGAUCUGAUUGUGAUGGAUUUAUCCAGGAAUUGGAUCAGGGAACUUCCAGUUGAAAUAGGCAAGCUGACCAAACUGAAAGAGCUGAAUGUUAGUUUCAACAAGCUCAAGUCCAUUCCACCAGAGCUCGGGAACUGUGAAAGCCUAGAGAGCCUGAAUUUAUCAAAUAACCUGGAACUGGCAGAGCUUCCGUUUGAGCUGCGUGAUCUGCAGAAACUCAGCCACUUAGACAUGUCCUCCAACCAGUUUCUGAGCAUGCCCAUAUGUGUGCUUCGGAUGUCAAACCUCAAGAGCCUGGAUCUUAGCAGUAAUAACCUGAAAGAACUUCCUCAGGAUCUGGACAGACUCAGUGAGCUCCAGUCGCUUUUCCUUCAGAAGAACAAGAUGACCUACCUAUCCAAAGUCUUGUGCAGAAUGACCAAUCUAAAGAUGUUGGUUGUCAGUGGCGAUGACAUAAACAACUUGCCAACUUCUCUUCUGACGGAUCCCAAUCUAAAAUAUAUUGAUCUGCGGGAAAAUCCACUUGACAAUAUCAAAGAUAUGGCAAACAGCGAAAUCUUUGCAGAUAUUGCAGAGCAUGAAGAAUUUGAAAAAGAUAUGAUGCACUUGUACUUUCAGGAUUUGAAAGAAAGAGAAACAACGCCGACCUAUACAACAAGGGUAUCUCUAAGUCUUCAGCUUUGAGAACAUUUUGCACCGUACUUCACUGAAAUAUGAAUAUGAUCUCAAGAAAAUUGAAUAAUGAUGAAGCUUUGUCAAGAACCAAUCCACUAAAUUGAAGUUGACUUGAAAUAAACUGUAUUUUAAGAACUCAAGUUAGGUUUGUUAAAUAGAAAUUAGAAUAUGAUUUCAAUCUAGGUAUGUUGCUUUUAUUUGAGGCAUAGUUCAUUGGCUGACUAACAUAGGUUGAUGUUUGAUUGAAAAUAAUUGAGUUAAAUGACCAAAUGUUAAAGGUGAGGAGUAAUAGACAAUAGACAAUAGGUGCAGGAGUAGGCCAUUCGGCCCUUCUUGUGAGCACCCGCCAUUCAAUGUGAUCAUAGCUGAUCAUCCACAAU